AUUGAACCUUAUAAUUGUGUGCUACUUAGGCGUAAACACGACUACACACUCGAUGAAUAAUAACAUUCCAAUUAAGUGUACCACAGUGCCUGUUUUUGAGGAAGACACAUCCGCGUCCGGAGAAAUUCUGGUGUUUUCUCGACUAUUAACUAAUGCGUCAUCGCAGCAACAACAGAAAAAUGUGCAAUAUUGUUGUUAAACUAAAUGUUUAGCCGGCACAAGCUCCUGAGCUGUGCCUACGUCAUGUUUCAUGUGUCGGGUUGGUUGUUUGAUUAGAAAGUCGGCUUCGGCCAUUGUUAAUGAAAGAGCGCGGGGAGCGAGGGGCGCACGCAACAGUGGAAGAUUUCACGUCAAGGCGAAACGUACCGCAGCGCACCGCACCACACCCCCGGUCCAUAGCCAGCAACAGCAGCAGCUGUUGUACGAGGGACCGACUGCUGCUCUCUCUUGUGACUUGCUUUGUUUGGAUGCCAAACAUUUUCAAUGAAAAAUCCUCGACUUGCAUCAUUCACUAUUUCGCCAUCCAUUUAUUUCGCCCUCCUCCUCCCAUUGCAGCCGCUUUGAAUCAUGGAUUUCACCAGCGUGCUGGCUAAGAGCGAAGCGCAUCAGCGCACCAUUGUACACCUCGACAUGGACUACUUCUACGCCCAGGUGGAGGAGAUACGGGACCCCACGCUGCGCACGAAAGCCUUGGGCAUCCAGCAGAAGAAUAUCGUGGUCACCUGCAACUAUGUGGCGCGUGCUCGGGGCGUGAACAAGCUCAUGCUCAUCACCGAGGCUCAGCGCCUGUGCCCGGAUUUGGUGCUGGUCAAUGGCGAAGACCUCGCGCCAUACCGUCUCAUGUCGCAGAAGAUCUUCGAUUUGCUCCUCAACUACACUCCCAUGGUGGAAAAGCUCGGAUUCGAUGAGAACUUCAUGGAUGUGUCGGCCCUGGUGGAACUUCGGCAAGCCCAUGCCGCCGAGGCGCAACAAAAGCCGCCAGUCGGACACACUUAUCCGGCCGAUGGCACUCCGUUGACCACCUGCUCCUGCGGCUGUGCCCAGCGCCUGGCGAUUGGCACCCGAAUUGCUCAGGAAAUACGCGAGGAGCUGAAGCUGCGGCUGGGUAUAACCUGUUGCGCGGGAAUCGCGUACAACAAGCUGUUGGCCAAACUGGUGGGCAGCAGCCACAAGCCCAACCAGCAGACCGUCCUGGUCUCCACAUAUGCGGAACAGUUCAUGCGCGAGCUGUACGAUCUGAAGCGUGUGACGGGUAUCGGCCAGAAAACGCAAUGCCUGCUCCUGGAGGCGGGUAUGUCUACGGUGGAGCAGCUGCAACAAUGUGACAUGGACGUUAUGCGCAAGAAGUUCGGCUUCGAGACAGCCACCAAGCUGAGGGACUUGGCAUUUGGCCGCGAUUCGAGUACGGUUCGUCCCACCGGCAAGCCGAAGACCAUUGGCAUGGAGGAUGCCUGCAAGCCCAUAUCCGUGUGCACAGAUGUGGAGGAACGGUUUCGCAUGCUGCUCAUAAGGCUAAUCGAGCAGGUGGCCGAAGACGGACGCAUCCCCAUUGCCAUCAAGGUUGUGCUGAGGAAAUUUGACUCGCAGAAGAAAAGCAGUCACCGUGAGACGAAGCAGGCAAACAUCUUGCCCUCCCUAUUUAAGACCUCAAUGUGCGCGGGCGAGAUGGGAGUGAGCAAAGUGCAGAUGGUGGAUGGGGCACAGGAUAAGCUUCUCAAGAUCGUAAUGCGACUGUUCGAGCGCAUCGUUGACCUAAAUAAGCCAUUCAAUAUCACCCUAAUUGGAUUGGCCUUCUCCAAGUUCCAGGAGCGCAAGGUGGGCUCCUCAUCCAUAGCCAAUUUCCUCAUCAAGAAGGCAGAUUUGGAGGUGCAGUCAAUAACGUCACUGACCAACACGAGUCUCACAAGUCCAACGGCAGAGAGUCCGACCUCCGAUGAGUCGGCAUUCCGCUCCUCGCCGACCACCUUCAAGCCGAGUGAUCAGUUCUAUAGGCGACGCGCCACCACAGCCUCGCCAAUUCCCAUGCUGCUGGACAACGGCUCCGAGUCGGCGGCCACCAACUCGGACGUUAGUGAUUUCUCCGAAACGGAGGUGGAGCCAUCGCCAAAGAAGAGCCGCAUUGGUCGCAUGCUGGUCUCGAAGCGCAGUCGUUUGGCGGGGGACGUGAUGGACACCGCUGCCGAUGUGGCGUCGCCCAGCAAACUUCGUGUCUGUGAUCUGCGUCUCAACUCUCGCGACAGCGAAAAGGAUUUCCCCAUGAGUCCCAUUGCCAGCACCACCACUCCAUCCACGUCGGCUGGCGGCUGCUCCGCGGGUGCUCCACGAUUCCGAACAGUACAGCCGCCCAACACGCUGCUAAAUCGGAUCGAUGGAAGCCUUCGCUUCAUGUCCACGCGCACUGCCCGUCGGAUUAGCUCGAACGCCAGCUCGACAGCCUCGUCGCCACUGCCCUCGCCCAUGGAUGAUUCCAUGAGCGCACCCUGCACGCCGACAUCAGCACCCGAUUCGUUUCCAGCGCCCAACAAUAAUAGCUGCAUAGCCAGCGAAGGCAGCACCACAGCCAGCGUCCACGCCAAUAAAGUUCUAACGGAUAUUGCCUGCCCAGCUGGUGUCGAUGCCGAAGUUUUCAAGGAACUUCCUGUGGAGCUGCAAAACGAGCUAAUUGCAUCCUGGCGCAGUUCUCUGGUGGCAGCAGUGGAGCAGACGACGGCAGCUACCACAACGGCGAAUAGUGCGGCCACAGCAAGAGCGGGUGGCGGUGGCGUCGCACCAGCAACGGCCAGCGCUGGUGCCCGGAGUCGACCCGAGAAGAACACGCUGUAUCGCUAUUUUUUGAGGAAUAAGUGAUGCAGUGCAUCGGCAGUUGCUGUUGCUGUUGCCGUUUCUGUUGCAGUUGCUCCACAGGCAUCACACAUCGUUGUUAGUUGUAAGAGAAACCCAAUUGAAAAAUCCGUUUAUAUAUAUAUAUUAAAUUUUUGUAGGUAUACGGUUACACAUAAUUGUUAUUUGAUAGGGUGCUAAAUUGGACGAGCUUAUGCUAGGAUAUAUCAUCAUCAUUAUUAUCAUUCUGUAAGAUACAAAUAUGAAUACUCAGCGCAACAAACUGAUUGCUCGAGACUAACACUAACGAUUUGGCCGACUAUAUAUAGACAUCCAUGGAGAAUAUCAAUAUCUCAUGAAAUACAAUGAUCCUAGCAUGGACAGGCAGUCCGUGGCAGCUGAGAGCUCUGCGAUUAUUAUACAUACAUUAUACAUACAAAUUCAUUGUUGCACAUUUGCAAUAGAUUUAUUCUCUUCAUUUACAAUUUCAUUAUCUUUAUACAUUAUUCAAUUGGUUGGGGUUGUGGCCUACUUACGCAUAGAUAAUACAAAAGAUCUGAACCUUGAUCGGGCGCCUACGCUAGAGACGACGACACCAUUUCUCCUUACACGAAGGAACAACAUUUUAGCUAAUUUAAUGAAGGGGAUGGGUAGGGGACACAAAAGUGUCUGAACGUCUGAGCCUGACUUGAUACAAGUGAGAUCUAAAUACAUAAUGGAUUUAGUUUUUAUUUGUUUGUAUUUUUUUGUUUUGUUUCUUUGUAGUUUCACCUCGAAAUGAUGGCAACAAAAGUUGAACAGUCGAAAAUUGUUGUCUUUUAUAAUUUAUACAUACUAAACGCCGCUUUCAAAAUAAAAGUGAAGUCCCUAAGUCA